AUGAUGAGGUUUUGGUCGGUAUUGUCGGUAUCAAGUGCUGAAGCUGACAUACGGUCUAGAAAUGCCUACCCGGGCAUCCUAGAUAUCACCCGUCAACCUUGUAAUGAGGGUGAAGUAACAGGUGUCUGUAGAAGAAUCUAUGAGUGUCCUUUCGCCAUAGACCUUGUUAAUAUACACCAAAAGAAGCCACCCACUUGUGGAUAUGAUUCUGAUGUGAAGAUUGUUUGCUGUCCAUCACAAGGUCUUCUGUUUCGAACUGGUACAUUCAAGGAUUAUUUCAAAGCAUCAAACGAUGGUGUCAUCAGGUCAAAGGAGUUGACAUGCCGUUACGAAGGUAGACAGCCGCUCCUUUGCUGUCAGAAUACACCGGACAUACCAGAGGCACCUGAACCGAAACAAUGUCCUCCACUACCAAAACCGAAGCUAUAUAAAGCUGCAACACAGUACCAACAGUUCGCAUGGAGAAAAUGCAUUAGUUACCAGCGCUAUUUCAAUAAAUGCAUAUCAUCUGACGAAAACGAAUUUAAGUUUGAAAGGAUGAACACUUGCGGCAGAGAUACCAGCACAUCGCAAUUCAGGAUAUCAGAAGGUGUGCCGGCUUUGCCGAGAGAGUUUCCUCAUAUGGCGGUCAUUGGUUGUCAUAACCCGGUUUACACAGACGACGCUGAUAUUAUUUGGGUGGGAGGAGGGUCUCUCAUCAGCGAAAGAUUCAUCUUAACAGCGGCUCAUAUUAUAUCGGAGAACAAGCUUGGUCGAGUUCGUUACGCGUUGCUGGGAACCCUGAAUAAGACAGACACAAGAUCGGGUAUUCUGUGCAACAUUGUCAGAACAAUUCCUCACAAAUUGUAUGAAAAGGGAGAGAAACAUCACGAUAUAGCCUUACUGGAGCUGAACGAAAGAGUAAAGUUUAACGAAUUCGUGCGACCAGCUUGCCUGCCCCUGACUAAAAGUGACGUCGAUAACGAGAGGAUCAUAGCCGGGUGGGGGGAGACAGGUGAAGGAGGGAAGAGGGGGAAGGCGUCAGAAAUUCUCUUGAGAGCAUCAGUUUGGGAGGAUGAAAGUCUUUGCAGCCAAAAGUUUGACAGUCUCUACCGAGCGGAUAUAAUGAUAUGCGCCAGAGGGGCGGUGAGCCCCAUCACAGAAGAUACUUGCAAGGGCGACAGCGGUGGACCCUUGAUGGCGCUUUUCAAGAAUCUAAGCUGCUCAUAUUCAAUCGAAGGAAUAGUCUCCUUCGGACCUAGAUGUGGGAAAAGUGCAGGCGUCUACACUAGAGUGUCACUAUUUUUAGACUGGAUCAUUGACAAUGUCUGGCCUCAAGAAUGGCAGAGUUAUAAAGAAUUGACUAAUUAAUAAAUAUUAAAUGUCGUUAAUGUGUUUAAAUGUAUUCUGUUGAGAAAAUAUGCCAUUAUUGAAAUUAAAUAAAAAUUCUUAAUAAUUA